AGGAAAAGACCUAGACGAUGGUGGAUGAAGAAAUUUUUUGAUGAAGGAACAACAUAUGAAGAAAAAACUAAUGGCAGACCUGAAACUAGAAGAUGCUGCUGGAUUUAGAAACUUUUUAAGAACAACAGCUUCAGAUUUUGAAAUAUUACUGAAAAUGGUUGGUCCCAAAAUCACAAAGCAAAAUACAAACUAUCGAGACUCAAUCCCUGCCAAAAUACGCCUGGCAGUAACAUUAAGGCAGUAACAUGUACAGUAGUUCUGUUUACAAAGGAAACAAUAAGGCAAGUAGAGUGUCAGCUAACCCACCUCGCAGAUCACAAGCUCAACGUCAACUGAUCCUCGUGUUGUCAAAUGCGUCCAGAUUGAGCAACUUUGUAUCUUAAUAUGGAAUGGGAAACAAGAUUCAUCUGAAAUCGUGUUUCUGGAAUGUUGCGAGACAGUCCAGAGACAAUGUUCGCAACAAUGUGUGUGUACGCGGCUUUAUACUCUCGUGAGUCACUUGAGUGUUGUACUAAUGUGUUAUACAGACUGUAGGCAAACUCACUAUUCCCCCAGUAUGAUACAGCACAUUAUUCUUGCUGACAACAAACGUAUUUCUCCCUAUUCAAUGACAUAUAUGGUAAAAAAUCUAAGCAUGGAAAGUCCGACUGUCGUCCACAUAAUGAAGAGAACUGGAUGCAGUAGUGUUUUAGUGGUUUAUCCCAACAUUACCUAAAACCACAUUUGAAAUAUCAGCAUUCACAGGUUGAGGACACAUUACUAAACACCUCCCUCCCACUCGGCUAAUAAAAUUCCCACCGCUCCCUCUCCAUACGUCACAACACCUCGCCACAUUGGCCACCGUCUACCAAAUAAGCAUGUUGGUGGAGCCAAUGCAUUCCGAGAUUGAAGUGGAACGCUUAUUUAACAUCCUUAGACUGACUACUAUUGUGAAGUUCCAUUCUGGGAGGUUUACCAGCAAGUAACCUCACCUGUUCAUGAAUAAAAACUCUUGUUUCACCAUUAACGUUAUUUGGUAAAACACGAGAAUUGCAACACUGCCUUUCCUCCCCACCUGUUGCCGAAAAACCCAGCAAUGACUCACCCCGACACCAGCGUAUAGUCAGCGAGUUGAGUCUACUGUACCUCAUUCUUCCCACAAUCAUUGCAGCCGCCACACGCGACCCACACACCCUCCUCUCUCUUUCUCCCUGGCACAUGUGUCUCUCAGCAGGUACAGGUGUAGCAAGAAGACACACACAAGUGAGCAGCACAAGAGCGUCAUGGACUCAAACAGCACAUCAAUAACAAGCAUCUCUGAGAGUAUUGAUUCUAGAGACACGGUCAACACCCAGCCUGAAACCAUUACGGCAGAACAGCACAAUGCAAGAAAAUAUGUUAUUGGAAAGGAUGCCAAAGAGGUGAUGGAGUCGACCUGCCAGCUUGAGAAGUCCGGUAGUAGAAAACAUCUGUUAUCGCAGGGGGUGACAUGUUUCUUGGCGAGCCUAGGCAUGUGGGUGAUGGGAUCCAUACUAGUGUACCCCUCUGUGUUGUCCUCUGACCUGUUUUCCCACAACACCACCAUCUACGGCACACACAUCGCCUUCACCAACUUCCAGAUGGAUGCCGUGGGUGGUCUGGUAUCACUUGGGUCGCUGCCGGGAUCGUGGGCUAUCGGGGCGGUAAUGGUGGUGAAGGGUCGUCGCUUCGCCAUGGCCAUUGUGGGCGUUGUAGCUGUGAUCAGUUGGCUGGGUGUGGCUCUGCUUGACACGAUACCUGGUUUUCUGCUGGCAAGGUUACUCUCAGGGAUGGUGGCAGGAGGGGCGAGUGUGGCCCUCAACACUUACAAAGUAGAGGUGGCAAGUCCAGAGAUGCGCGGUGUAAUAGCUGUCAUCUUCAGCACCGGCAUCACCACUGGUCAGCUGGUCAUAAUGGGUGUGGGCUACAAGACUCGCUACUACAAUGUGGCUCUCAUCAUCAUCGUCAUCCCCAUCAUCUUCCUCCUCGGCCUCUUCUGUGUACCAGAGAGUCCUUCUUACUUAGUGCUCAAAGGUCAUGAAGACAGAGCGAAGGAGGUGCUCAUGAAGUUACGGGGAAGUAACGCAGACAUACAGGCGGAGAUCAACAGUUACCACCUAAUGAACCAAGAACACAAGAAACAGUCCGUGUGGCGCGGACUUCUUCAGCCACAAGCUCUGAAGUCCAUCGCCAUUGUCUCUACGCUCUUCCUCUUCCAGAACUUUACAGGUUACUUGGUCAUCAACGCUAAUGCCUCCAGGUUCUUCUCGGAGACUGCGUCAAGCAUCAAUGAGUACUUUUGCGCUUUCCUGCUCAUUCUCAUACAGGUAGUGGUAGGCAUCAUCCCGCUCUUCCUGGCGGACACAAUUGGUCGUAGGAAGAGCCUCAUCCUGUCCUUCUCCAUAGCAAUGUUGGCGCUGACCGGCAUGGCGGUGUUUGUUUCUGUGACGGAGGGAAAUGAAGCUCCCUCACUCAGGUAUGGCUGGGUACCUCUUGUCCUCCUGAUGACCUCACAGGCAGGCAUUUCACUGGGUGUCCAGUAUAUACCUUUCCUCCUGAUGUCUGAAUACUUCCCUACAUGGAUUCGCACCCAGGCAGCAAGUAUCUGUUUCUCCAUCAACACUUUACUUGCAUUUAUGGCACUCCAACUGUAUACACCCAUGCUGGAGGGGCUGACGCAGGCUGGCCUCUACCUCUGCUACUCCUCCUCGUGUCUUCUGGGCAUCCUCUUCACCAUCUUCUUCGUCAGAGAAACAAUGGGACAGAACAUUGGCUAAAACUCCUUUGCAUUUGAAGUUUUAAGGAUGCCAAGAGAAUACCCGAGUCAAUAACACUCAUGAUUAAAAUCUUCCAUGAUGAGGGCUUGUGCUGUCUGUCUGAAUGACUAUGAAGAUCUCAUACUUCCUCUUCUGAGGCUGAGUUGUUCCUAUAGUACACACCUACUGUCAGUUUUCUUUUGUUUUGAGCAAUCAAAUCCAACCAACUAGACUUAUCCUAUUUAAUUUAGCUCAUCAUUAAUGGUUGCUGUGAGGUGCUUCUUGACGAACAGUAGUGCACCACGGCCUCUGGUGGUCAUGUCUUUUCUCAAUGAUGUGCGAUGCCCUGGCAAAUAAAAUUCACCCUGCUAGGACUCGCUAAUGGUGUGUGGUUGUGUAUGCACAUAUGCACUCAUAACAUCAAUCUUAUCAACUAAAUUUUUGACAUUCAUAUUUUCAUCACUUCAUUGGCCCAGUCUCUAAUGUUGUCCUCUUUGAAGACUAAGUCUAGAGAAUUUCUUCUCGCUGGGUUUUUAUUACUUAAGGCUACAGCUUAUACUGUAUUGGCAUUAUCCACAGUUGUUUUGCAUCUUGUUCCUAUUAGUGAGAGGGCUGGUACAUUAAUUUGAUUUCUCCAUCAGAUGAUUUUACCCAGCCUAAGUAUAUUAGGGUUAUUUGACUCAUAACCUGUCAGACUUAGUGUGCAUAUAACUUAAGCCGUCCAAGUACCUGUACUGUACUGGCUCAGCUACAAAAUGGGAUUCCAGGAUCUAUCCUCCAUUAACAGAAGGGAGGAUCCAUUCUUCUAAGAGACACCCUGAAGAUGGGGUGAAGAAUGCAUUACAAAUAAAGGGGACAGACCCCCAGAAAACAGCAGGUUGUAUGAAUGAGUGGAGACCAUGGCACUGAGUGAUCUUUUAAGGACAUGUUGGUAAUGCUUGUGUGAAAUGACAAAUACAGUCAGAUUUGGAGCUCUGUUUCAAAAGGGAAUUUAAAAAAUAUAAUUUUCAUAAAAAUCCAAAUGAGUUAACGAAGGCAAAAUGGGGGGGAAUACAGUACAUGUACAGUGUUUACAGCACUGCAUUAAAUGGGAGCAAACAAUCAAAAAUAAAGUAUUGCAAAACAUGCGUCUGCUUGGGUCAAAAGCUUUAACUGUGUGAAUGAAUGGAUGGAUGUAGUGGACAAACCCAUACUACCCCCAGCUAAGGGUUUUCACCAUUUUUUUACAGUGUAAUUGUAUGUAACUUACUGACAAAGUAACCACAAAAAAUAAAUAGUCUGGUAACUCUUUGCAGUUACAAAUACAGCUUUAAACAAUUACCUUGACUUCUAAAGUGAUAUGUCACUGACAUCAAUCUAUACAUACUACACUGUAUACAGGGGGUCCCCGACUUAGGAAUGCCUAACUUACAAACUUCCUCCGAUACGAACGAGAUUAAAUUUAAAUUUACA